AUGUAUUGCUCGCAGGGAAGUUCGAGAACUCUUAGAGGGAAAGUCGUCUGCCAAAGGGCCCUGUGCGAGGUGCCCAAUAAUUGUUUCUUGCUCCAAGAGAAACUCGGUAAAAAAUCAUGCUGUUUAUCGUGUAGAGAUUGCGUGCUCAACGGCACAACUCAUACUUCGUCGUCGACAUGGACCGACCCCAGGGAUUCAUGUCUACGAUUCUCCUGUCAGUCCGGUAUCAUCACGAAAUUUCGAGAAGAAUGUCAUACACCUUGUGAGAACCCCAUACCUCCCAGACCAGGACAAUGUUGCCCAUCUUGUCAAGGUUGUUCGCUAGACGGGCACGAGUACGCAGAAGGAACAAAUUUCACGGCACCCACGGAUCCGUGUCUUUCUUGCUCCUGCAAGAACGGGACGAUAACGUGCUCACGAGAGGCCUGUAAUGUCCUUCCAUGCCCCUCUGCCAAACAGGUGUUCUCACCGAAAUCUUGCUGUCCAGUUUGCAAAGGAACGAAAAUAGUUGCUCGUUCCCGAGGAGAAUGUAUCAUCGGAGCAGAGGCUUUUUAUGACGGAUCCUUUCCUCUGGAUCAGUGCACCACUUGCUCUUGCGCCAACGGAACCAGCUUGUGUCACCGAACAGUAUGUCCGAAGCUACAGUGUCCAUCGGAGCACCAGGUCUCGUCGCCGCAGUCCUGCUGCUUGCGCUGCCGGAGCGCUCACCAGGAGAAGAAGGCUGAGUGCCUCUUCCUCAAAACAACGUACAUGAACGGCACUUCUUGGAAGAAAGAUCGUUGCACCAACUGUUUAUGCCAUGAAGGACAGGUCGAAUGCCAGGAGACCCGAUGCGAGCGGCUGAAAUGUCCCGCGGGACAGAAAGAAUUCAAUCCGCCUAACGAGUGUUGUCCAAAAUGCAUCGAGAGCGAUGGCCUCUGCUCCGUGUUCGGCGACCCGCACUACAGAACAUUCGACGGCGUGUUCUACAGGUUCCAGGGUCGGUGCCGAUAUACGCUCGUCACUGAUGAGUGCCAAAAAAAUUCCACUGCUCGAAACAGUGGACGCGGUUUCAGCGUUCAAGUAUUCAACGAUCCUCGGGGACCAUCGCAGCAUUCUGCGCGAACCCGAGCUCUUCUCAUAAAAGUCGAUGAUAAGCUCAAGAUCCGCUUGGGCCAGAUGAUGAAGGUGAAAAUUCUCAGCAAAAGGAUCAAACUCCCCCACGUCCUGUUCGGCGACGCGGUCAUUUACCCCGAGAAUCACAAUGUAGUUGUAAAGCUGCCGAAAAAAGGCAUCACAGUGGUGUGGAACGGAGAUAGUUCCGUCGACGUGAGCGCUUCUCUGAAUCUCAAAGGAUCUCUUUGCGGACUUUGUGGAAAUUACAACGACAACCAAGGCGACGAGUACACAACGAAACAGGGUGUCAUCGAAACUGAUGUUAACACGUUUGGUAACUCGUGGAAAGUCGGUCACAGUCAGAACUGUCUACAGUCGGCUAAUAGGACCGGUUGCAUGACGAAGCAGAACCGGAAACGGAACUACACUGUCUGCAAUAAACUUAAGGGAGAUCUUUUUAAGCCGUGCCACAAAUAUGUCAAUCCUACGCCCUAUAUAAAGUCCUGUUUAGUUGAUAUGUGCCGUUGUGAGGAAAACGGUCGUUGCUUCUGUGAUGAGUUCGGCGCUUACGUCCGGCAUUGUAAGCGCUACGGAGUCGAGAUCAACAAUUGGUUGGCUGAAGAAAGCUGUGGUAGUCAUUGGUGUCCAACCGGAGCUUUGUGGACCUCGUGUGGAGGCGUCUGUAGAAAAACAUGCAAAAAUUAUAAAACUGCGCAGUGUAGCAAGAAAUGUAUACCAGGAUGCGAAUGCCAAAACGGCGCUGUGUGGCUAGACAACCGAUGCGUGCACACACACCAGUGUCCCAGGGUGUAA